AUGGCCUUCCUCUUGUUUGCGCUGUUCGGUAUCCAGGUGCUUGCCCAGACAGGAAGUGGCGAGUGGGCUGCCAACGCAUCACAGCGGGCUACCUUCCGCAAUGCAACAGGAUUUCUUGCUAAGAACCGCAGCUCAAACGCAUCAAGCAGCUCAAGCAAGUCCACUGGCAAUUGCCACUUCCUUUGCUCGACAGCGUAUGGCCAGUCCAGUUGGUGCGACAGAGGAAUUUGCUUGUGUUCCCAGGGCUUCACCGACUAUUACGGGUAUUGCCAAGGAGGAACUGCUUCCUGCAGGGCAGUUUGUCUCAACUCCGCCUACACACACGACACUUGUGAUGGCACGAUAUGCGUGUGCAGCUUUGGAUGGACAAAUACAGGGACCACGUGCUUCUGA